AUGGAAGAGUACAAGUACCAAAAUAUUUUGUUUCCCUUAAAGACAACACUUCAAAAAGAUUAUUCUGAAGGUCCAACACCAGUUUCAUCCCUACUCCACUCAAGCACAUUAGUAGUAGCAAGGAUUUUCCUACUAAUCCGAUUUUACCUCCUAACCUCAAAUAAUAACCUUAUACUAACAUUAAUACUAUGCCUAGGCUUCCUCACACUAUUCACAGCCAUCUGUGCAAUAACCCAAAAUGAUAUCAAAAAAAUUGUAGCAUUCUCCACAUCAAGUCAACUAGGGUUAAUAAUAGUCACUUUAGGAAUUAGCCAACCAUUCCUAGCCUUCCUACAUAUUUGCAACCAUGCUUUUUUCAAAGCUAUACUAUUCAUGUAUUCUGGAUCAAUCAUUCACAGUCUAAAUGACGAACAAGACAUCUGAAAAAUAGUUAAUAUUAUAAACAUACUCCCCUUUACCUUAUCCUGUUUAACUGCUGGAAGCUUAGCAUUAAUUGGUAUACCUUUUCUUACAGGAUUCUACUCAAAAGAUUUAAUCAUUGAAGCCAUUAAUUCAUCCUACACCAAUGCCUGA